UGUUUGUUGUGAAAACCAUUAAAAGUUUAAAACAAAUGAACUGAGAAUGUAAAUCAGUGUUGCUACCUGUCAAAACAACUCUUAAGACUUGUUCCUUUUGAAUUUAAAAAAGUGAAAAAAUGCAGAAAACAUUUUUGAAUUACAAAUUAUUUUUAUUUUUCAUAUGUUUAUUUCAUUAAAUAGCAUUAAACUGUCCUCGCAUCUGUCAGUUCAAUUGUUCUGUUUCAUGAUAUUCACUUAACGACUAUGAUUACUGAAAUAACAAGAAAAAUAAGUAAGAAGUUCGUUAAACAAUUACCAUCCAAGGUGAAUAUAUUGAUAAAUACUGUCUGGUACUACUGUUACCCUUAAUUACCAUGCAACACAGCAGGAUGCAUGGGUCAUGAACUAAAGAUGUACACAUGACCCAGUUUUAGUUUAUUUACAAACACCAAGGCUAGCCUUCAGUUAUACUAGUGAUUAAUGGAUUUAUUCAUGUAAAAUCUGGAAAGAUUAAUUAUUUUGUCGUAUGUAAGGAAAGAUGACUACUGUAACUGGUAAUGACUAUUACCCAAAAGAACCAAAGGGCACCAAGAACCAAUACAACAUUAAUGGCAAUGGGAAAUUGGGGGAUGAUGAUAAAGAUGCUUUCUUGCCACCCGUAAAAUUGGAACCAGGGUUAGAUUCCCUGAACAGAAACCCAGAAGAAUUUGACGAAUUAGACCCCUCAGAAGAAAAUGCUCCUCCAGACAGGUAUCGUAUUGUGUUCUUCAUCAUGUUGGUUCAUGGUAUUGGUAUUUUGAUGCCAUGGAAUAUGUUAAUCAAUGCUCAAGCAUACUUCGAGAAAUACAAGUUGGCUGAGAACACAACAGAAGUGAAUAACUUGCGAUCAAAUUUUAUGUUCUCCAUUGGCAUAGCAUCACAAGUUCCAAACUUCAUCAUGAGUGGAGUUAAUGCAUUUGUACAGUGUGGAGGACAAGCCUCCCCAAGAAGGAUAGCUAUCUCCAUAGUGAUUAUGACCAUGAUUUUUAUUGGUACUGUUGUAUUAGCUAUGCUGGACAGUUCUACUUGGUCAGUUGAAUUCUUCUAUAUCACAAUGAUAAUGGCUGCGGUUCUAAACAUGGCGACUGGUGUUUAUCAGAACAGUACUUUUGGUUUAGCAGCCAUCUUACCAAUGAAGUAUACCAAUGCCAUUGUAUUAGGAAAUAACUUGUCUGGUGUAUUUAUUGCAGUUAUUAACCUGGUUUGUCUGGCAUUGGCCCCUGAUCCUAGGACCCAGGCUAUCUACUACUUUGUUACAGCUAUUGUUAUCUUGUUGGUAGCUUUUGAUGCAUACUUCCUUCUUCCUGUAACUAAUUAUUACAAAUAUUACAAAGAUAUGGUUGCCAGGAAACAGAAACAUCACCUUAAUACCAGUAAAACUUGUUCACAAACUUGUGGCAUGUAUUUAAUGGUGUUCAAAAAGAUCUGGGUACAAGCUGUGAGUGUAUGGUUUACAUUUUUCGUAACCUUGACAAUCUUUCCAGGAGUAUGGGCCAAUAUAAAGAGAAUAGAUUUCCCAUUGGAAGACCAGUAUUGGGCACCAAUAUUUUGCUUCCUGAGUUUUAAUCUAUUUGCUUUCUUGGGAAAUUUGACCUCAGAAUUUAUUCGUGUGCCAGGACCUAGAUGGGUGUGGAUUCCAAUUGCCAUAAGAGGAUUACUUAUACCGUUCUUCCUAAUGUGUAAUUUUAAACCAGAAGAGAGAAUUUUUGAUGUGUUAAUAGAGAAUGACUAUAUCUACAUUGUUGGCGGUGUAGUUCUAGGAUUUACAAGUGGUUAUUUCAGUAGUCUCUGUAUGAUGUAUGGACCAAAGUUGGUAGAUCAGCAGUAUGCAGGAACAGCCGGAAUGAUCAUGGCAUUCUUCUUGGUCUUGGGUAUAGGUACUGGUGUCAACUUCUCUCUGGUUUUAGGCUUGCUAACAACCAGACCAGUGGCUUGAUAGUUAGGCUUGAUAACAACCAGAGCACAAGCUUGAUCUCAACACAUAUCUUACAGAUCUGUAAAGUUGUGGAGAAGUGAUGGAUUUAUUUGAGUGUCUGUUUUAAUUGUUAAUGUAUGUUAAUCUUCUUUUUAUGAUAAUAAGUUGACAAAGAGUGCUAAUGACACCUUCUUUUGAGAGUCCAUAUGUAUUUGUGUAAUUUUUCAGUCUUCUACAAUAUUGAAAAUCAAGCUGUGAACAUACCUAGCCAAAAGUAAGAUUGAACUGCUGUAUUCUUUUAUUUUCAACAUUCUUUACUUUGAAAAAAGACAUCCCCUCUUUAACAUCUAGUCAACUUAAAUCUGAAGGUUAGUCAUUGUAUUGGAUUCAAGUCUUAAAAUUUUGUCAGAUUUUCUUGUUAACCAACCAAUAUAGUGACCGUUACUUAAAUAAGAAUUAAUGGGGUAAAAUAUUUUGUUACAUGUCUUGUUUGGUUAAUUAUUAUUAUUGAUGAAAGGCUUCCAACUAGUUUUGUAACAUAAUGCUCAGAAUUUUGUUGUCAAGUUCCCAAAAGAUUUUGCUUUAUUUAUUUUAUUUAUUAUUUAUUUUUUAAGUGAGAUCAAGCUUUAUAGUUUGUAUGCCUCUAGUUUGGCCUUGUGAGCCUCAAAAUGGGGAACCCAUGCUCACUUUUCUUCGAAUGGGAUUCUAAGAGGUAUUCACUUCAUGUUGAGGCUGAAAUAGUUGCAUACAUUAUUUACAAGUUUGUUUCCUAGCAGUUUAAUUUGAUGAAUCACAUAAAUCAAAUGGGAAAUUUGGGUACAAAGAUUUUUUUCUUCAUUUUUUUUAUUAGUUGAGAUGAGUUAAUUUAGAUCAUUGAUGAUAUAUAUUUCCUUGGGUAAUAUUUUUCUAGUUUUAUAGUGUGUUCAAGUUUAAACAUUUGUUAAUGGUUUCUCUUCCUGUUGAUGGAGUAUUUUUGAAUAAAUUUUGGUGCUUGUUUUAUUAGUUUUAACUACGGGUUACCCACACUUUACAUGAAUUGAUAUAAAUUUCAAUAGUUGAAGUAACUUAUUUUCAAAUUAUUUGAUAAAUUUUCUUCUGGUGCUUUUUCAUGGUAGUUUUUAUACCCAUGUGUCUUCUCCCUCUUUUAAUGGAUUCAUAAAGAAAAAGAUCACUGCCUAACUGACUUUUUUAAAACAUGAAUCCACAGUUACAUAAAGAUAUUUAUUUAUCCAUGCUCUCUAUGUAGAGUAAAUCUUUGCAGAUGUUCUGUUUACCAUGGUUGCAUUUCAGCAUAAUGUUUAGUUCAUAGAGAAUUUCAUUCAUAUGUUUAGCAAUAACUUUAAUGUUAAUUAUCACACGUCCUAAAUGGGCAUUAAUGAAGUCAUUGAACAAUUGAAAAUUAAUCACUGUGAAAAAUCCACAUGAAAUACAAUCAAAUUUGUUAAAUGUUAAUAGAGCAUUUUUUUAAAACCAUGACAUUAGUCUGACAAUUUCCAUUAAUUGAAAUCCAUUAAUUGUAAAGUCAAUCAUAUUUGUUAUCUUUAUUCAUUAUUUUUUAAACCUAUUCUAUCAUUUUGUAUCAGUUAUUAUUCAAUGGUCACUAUCUUUGAUUUAUCCCUGAAUUGGUAAAAAAAUAUUUAGUAUUGUGAAAAACAGUUAUUUAAUUGAACCAUACUGUGUGAUGUCACUGGUCAGAUUAAGAUUUAAUCCCUUCUGUUCUCCUUUGUAAUGCUUAAAAAUUGAUAUCCCUUUUUUGUCGAGCCUUCGACUUUAGUCCAAAAAGCCAGACUAAGUGAUACUACAUUCCGUCGUUGGCGGGGUCCACAAAUAUUCACUCUGUGGUUAAAGUUUUUGAAAUUUUAUUAACUUUCUUAAACUAUACUGGAUUUCUACCAAGCUAGGACAGAAGCUUGUUUAUGAUCAUAAGAUAGUAUCCAUGGCAGAAGUAAAUUUUGUAAAAAUAAAAAUCCAUUUUUCCGUAUUAUACCAGAGAUGCAAACAGGUUUUUUUUCCUGUCAGACAAUGGGGCCUACAGGGUACCAAGUUUUGCCAGACCCAUCAAAUUUCUGCCAGACCCAUAUUUUCACUCAAAAAUCAAAUGAAAUUAUGCUAUUGAACAAACGUUAAUUUUGAUUUUGUUGAUAUUAUUAUUAUUUUAAAAUAACCUGUGAUUCAUAACAAUUGUAGUUUUAUCGGCCAUGACAUAUUUCCUGAACUUAUCAACUAUGCUUGAUAGACCUCCUUCCUAGAGAGCGAAUUUCUAAAACAAAAAACAUGACGAAAAUACGGAGAAUUGUUUGGGGCGAGAUGGAAAAGGUACAAAAGACUAUUACCGAGCAGAAAUACUGGUUCCCGGAGUUAGAAAAUGCGGGGGAACAGGACAUUUACUUUUAUUAAAGAUGAUCGCAAUUUUAUAAACAAAAUACUCUGCCGGGGCCGACGGGGAUUUCAGUUUUGGCGGACCCAAGCAGACUUAAAUAUUGCCGGCCAUCAGGUCCUGCACAGCUACGAGUUUUGCCGGACCUGCAUAAAUUCUGCCCCUUAGGUCCGACGGGUCCGACGAUUAGUUGCAUCUCUGUUAUACUUAUAAAUGGACUUAGUUUUUUCUGCGGGACAACAUUACAUUCACUCUGUGGUUAAAGUUUUUAAAGUUUUAAAAACUUUCUUAAACUAUCCUUGGUUUGUACAAAACUUUGACAGAAGCUUGUUAUGAUUAUACGAUAGUAUCCAGAAGUAGAUUUUGUAAAAAGAUAACUCCAUUUUUUCUGUAUUUUACUUUUAAAUGGACUUAGAUUUUCUUCCAGUUAACAUUACAUACAGUCUGCAGUUAAAGUUGCAAAACAUUUAUUAGAUUCAUUAACUAUUCUUAAUUUUUACCAAACUUGGACAGAAGCUUCUAACAAUCAUAAGAUAGUAUCAAGAGGAAUAUUUUUAUUGAUUUUUUUCCUCAUUUUUGUUGAGCCUGUGAUUUACAGCAAAAGUAGGCGAGACACUGGGUUCCGUGGAACCCUUACAAAUUUUUUGUUUACAAAUUAAACUCCUUGAAUUUUUCCUUUAGAUAUUUUAUGGAAUUUUCCAAAUAGGACCAUGACUGAGCUUAACAGUAAUAUUAACAAAAAUAAUAUUUAUUUAAUUUCACACUACCCCCUUGUUUUGUUACAUAAAUGGAGAUCUUGGGUUGUAGCUUAUCUUUAUGAAUGUCUUUAAUACUAUUUAUUAAUACUGAUAAAAUGAUUAUUGGUAAGAAAUCUUGUUAACAUUAACAGUGACAAUAUAUUUGAUUGUUGACCUGUUAACAGUUACAUUAGAAUUGAUUGUUGACCUGUUAACAGUGACAUUUAAUUUGAUUGUUAACAGUGAUAUUAAAUUUGAUUGUUAACCUGUUAACAGUGACAUUAAAUUUGAUUGUUCACAUGUUAACAGAGAUAUAGGUUUCAUUGUUCACCUGUUAACAGUGACAUUAGAAUUGUUUGUUCAUCUGUUCAUAGUGACAUUAGAUUUGAUUGUUCACCUUUCACAUCUUUAUUUGUUACACCUGUUAUUGAAUACUUGUUACCAUGGAUACAUGUAUGUUUGUUACAUGUACUUUGUUAAUGAACCUUGUCAUGUUACCAUGAGCAUAUUGAUGUUAAGUUUUGUCCAAUGAUUACUUCUUUUCCGAUACACAAUAUCAACUGUAGAUUAAUCUGCAUUUUAAUUGUUAUUUAGCUUUUUAUGGUAGCAUCACUAGUCAAUUUUGGCAGCAAAACUUAUUAUUCUCCAAGACCGUGCUAAUUAACAUUAUUUAAAAAAAAUGUUGUUUUUCAUGUAAUGUUAGAUUUUUUUUAAUGUAAACCUAGUUAUGAAUUUCAUUAUAUUGUUAUUAUGUUUGAUAAACAAAAAAAACUCGUAACCAAUAUUCCAUUGUUAAAGUUUAAAAAAUCGACACAAUAUUUGAUACUGCCAUGUUGUAACAGAUACAUAGAUCAGCUGACUCAGGGAUUAUAAUAGCUGACUAUGUCGCUCUGUAGAGGCAUUUAUUUAAUGUCAAACCCAAUAUCAAAUAUAGGUGUUAUUUUAUAAAUAAUAAUGUUGGGUUUAAAGAACAUAAUUUGUAAAAUUUUACAAUUUUCGAAUAAUACUUUCCAAAUUUGGUUAGUUUUUUGAUGGGAAACAUAAAUUAUUUACUGCAUUGAUAGAUCCCUCAUAUUGACAUUUCUUGUUUAAUUUUAAAUUGAUGUCAAAAGUUCUAUAUUGGCAAUAUUUUUUACAAGUUCCUUGAAAAUAUUUUUGAAAAUUGCAUUUAGCACUCUCACAUGUCUUGUUGGAUUUUUAUGGAAAAGUUUUACCAAAAAUAAAUAUUGGAGUUGUUGCCCUUGGACAGACUGAAUAUAUGCUGCAGGUGUGGAAUUGAAAUGCUGGGUUUUAUUUUCGUUUUUUUCUCCUUAAUUACAGUUUGGAGAAAGUGAUUACAAUUAGCUAUGAUGCCAUGAAGUGAUGCUUUAUUGCUCAAGUUUGCCAAUCUUUAACUUUAUUGAAAUUUGACUUUGUUUUUAAUUUUUAGACCAAACUAUGUGGUUCAAGCAUUUGUAUCAUUUUGUCUGGACCUUCUACAUUUGUUUGAUGUGUUUGAACUUUUGAUUUUGCCAUUUGAUUUGGGACUUUCCAUUUUGAAUUUUCCUCAAAGUUCAGUAUUUUUGUGAUUUUACUUUUUUUCCCCAUCAAUAAAAAUUAAUAAGAUCAAUAAACUGUGUUUGUUUCAUGCACGUUAAAUGAUUAUGAUUGAUAAAGAAAAGAUAUUGGUAGAAUCUAAGUACUUCUUUGAGAAUAUAAUGAAUUAGCCUACGAGUGAUUUUAAGAAAUCAUGUAUUGGUGUGGUUUUAAGAAAUGAUGUAUUGGUGUGUUUUUUUAUUCCAUUUGUUACUGUCAUGUGUGUGUGUUUGUUUGUUUGUUUGUUUGUUAUAGUUUUUUGUUUUGUUGAUAAACAGUAAUUUUCUUCUGUUAAUUGUUGAUUUUAUUUCAUAAGUUCCAAUCAGUUACUUUGUUUUUAUAUAUAGUUUUUAAAUCUUGAAAAAUAAAAUAUUAAAAACAUGUUUCAGAAAACAUUUCCAUUUGUAGUCUUUUUGCAUGUAUUAUACCAACUCGGGGAAAUAUUUUCUGUAAUUUGUUGUAUAUCUAUUAUGUCACUACAGUAAACAGAUUUUUUUUCUCUAGUGAGAGUUGUCCCUAAAAUUGCCUAUUUAAACAAAACAUUUGCAAACAAGGCAAUUUUCCUGUAUUAUGCGAGUUUCUCGUUAGAAUAUUUAAUAAUUUUCUAUUGUUCAAGUCACAUUAUUUGAUAGGAUGAGUAACUCACAUGUUAUACUAAAAUUGACAAUUUUAAAAAAAGUAUUCAAUGAAUUUACUCGCACUUCAGAGAGAUUACCAACUAAAAUUAAAUUAUUGUUUAUCUGAGCUCAAAUUUUUAUGGGCAGCAAAAUUUAUGAAUAAUUAUGCCAAAAAAAGUAAAUCUUAAGAAAUUGAAAUUUUAGCAGAAAUAGUGAAUAAGCACUGUAAAAUACAUAAAAAAAAAUAUGUAUUAAUUAAUGCAUUUAUUUAUAAUGCUUGUCUCUACAUUUUGUUUAAUUUCUUGCCUUGACAUUCCGUAGAAUUAUAACGAAAAAAAACAUUUUAUAUUCCAGUCUUAAAUUUCAUUUUAUCAUUUAGAAAACCCUUAUUUAGCUUCAUGUUUUAAAGCUUCAAAUCAGUUCUGACAUAUAUUUGAUAAACAAAAUAAAAUAUUAGUACCAAAUUAAAUCUAACAAAUAGAUUGGAUGUGUAUUUGUCAGUUAAAAUACAGGAAAAAGAAAAUAGAAUGCAUUCAGGAGAACUGUUAAUAAUUGUCCUGCAUCUAAAGGUCAAUAAAAAAAAGACCACAUUUUGAUGGUUUGUUUUUUUGUAAUAAUGUUUUGUUUCCAGUUCUUGUACAAAUGUACCUGUGUGUCUGAACUGUCCUAAGAUUAUGUACAUACUUUCAUGUUAACUUUUACUUUAGCUGCAGUAUUAAAAGUUGUUGUCUCAUUUAAUAGCAGUAAACCAAAUGUAAAUGUUUUUUUUCUGUGUUAUGUUUUCUGCAGUUGAGUGCUUGUGUUUUGUUGUGUUUUGUUGUGCUAGUUUCUAUUUGUUGUGCUAGUUUUUCAUUAUUUUCACUUUUGUUGCUUUGUACUCACCUUUUAGUUGCAUGUACUUAUUUAUUUCUAUUGAUAUCAUAGGUUCUGUUAUUGUAUAUAUAAAUAUUCUUCAAAUUCUUGUGCUGAUUAAUCAUUUAAUAAAUGUAUUAUUUAGACAAUAGUUGUGGGUUUCAUUUGUACAGAAAAUGACUGAUGUUAAAAAUUAACAUAAAAAUCAUGAAUGAAUCGAUGAUAAAUCUAGUGUUAAACUUUAAGAUUCAUGACAAGUUGGUUAUUGUUAUAUAUCAACAUGUUAUAUUUUGUGCAAGAUUUUUAUUAUUAAUGAAUUUAAAUAUUAAUUGAAAUUGAGUUCUUAUGAGUGAGAUCAUAUAUUUAUUUAUUUCUCUUUAGGUUAAUUUUUCUCUUUUUGUGAAUUAUUAUGUAUUUAAACAUAAUUAGCUUAGUUGUUGACUUUAUUUGGUAGUAUUUGAUGAUUUUCAAAUAUUAAUUCUCUAUGAGUAACAAUGUACUGUAGACAUAAGUAGACUAAAUAACCAUCGUUAGUAUGUUUUGUGUUCACAAUUGGCCAGUUUACAGAAACUUGUUGAAAUAAUACAUUUAUAAUUAAAAACAAGUAAACCUAGUUUCACUGAUACUCAAGAUUAAAAGUUGCCUAUUUGCAUAAAUAUAUAUUUUUAUACCAAGGAGGUUUUGAAAACAAAUUACUCCAGAAGAAUUAUAGAGAGAAAAAAAGAAAAUACAAGAUCUUUGUAUAAAACUUCAAAACCACUACAGUUAUAAAUUGAAAUUGUGUUCAAACUUCAAAUCCUUUAGGGCAUUACCAUCAUACAGUUCUUGUUAUAAACUACUAGGUGUGCUUUUCUGUCAGGGCAUUACCAUCAAUGCAUUUUUGAAAUAGACCAUUAUAUGUGCACUUAUUUCAUGUUGAUUUUAAAGCUUAGGUAUGACAUAUACUUUUAAGAAAAUCACUUCUAUUACAGGGUUGCAGUCUAUAGCAAUCAGUAUCAAGCUCUUAUCUUUUAACAACUACAUCAAUAAUACACUCUUUCAUUUAGUUUAAAUAUAUUUUAUUUGUUCAAGUACAAAUAAGGAAAAUCAUAACACAAACAGACUUGUGAAGUCUUCUCUUUCAUUUCUUUCAGAAACAACAAGAAAAGUGUAAUGAAAUGUAUUUUAAAAAAUCCUCUUGCACUAUUGCAGCAGCUGACUUGAUGAGUGGUUGAAUAAUUAGUACUACUGUUAAUUAUUCAAUUUGACUAGAUGUCACAAGCUGCAAGUGACUAUUUAUUUGACAACAAAUUCAGUCAAGUUCUGAUUUUCUCGGACAUACAAAAUAUAUAUAGUGGUAUAAUUUUAAUUUCCAAUACUGUGGAUUCAUUUCUUUUCAUGGAUACCAAUUUUCGUGGUUUUGACAAAGUUUACAUACACUCCAAUGGAAAAUAUGCAUUUUAUUGAACCUUUAAAUUUGUGGUUUAACAAAAUCCAUGAAAAUUGAUAUUCAAUGAAUAUUACUGAAUUCACAGUAAUACAUAUAUCAUAUCAAGAAAAGUGUUGUGAUGUUAGUUACAAUUUUGUCCGAAAGAUAUCAAGAAGCUUUCUAUACAAAUAUUUAGAUUUACUUUUAAAUCUCUUCCUUCCUUUUAUGUAUAUACACAAAUGUAUUUAUGUAAAUACACAUGUAUUGUUUUGUGUGUCCUAAACAGAGAAUAUGCUUGAUCCUUACCUUAGAAAUCCUUGUAAAAAUCCAUUUAUAUAGAUAUGUUGAAAAUAACCUGCAUAGGUCAGUACUAUAGGGUUAUUGCAUGAAUAUUUGGGAAUAUUGCCCCGAGUAGAAUUUUAUAUUGCAAGAGCUUGUGAGUGAAAUAUAUGUUCUACGAGGGCAAUAUUCCCCAAUAUUCAUGCAAUAACUCUUUUAUUGUAUAGCAAUAUAACAUUUGAAAGUAUAAAUUGGUUUCAACUAAGAUUUUGUCAUUGAUGACAUGAAUUUUGAAGAUUUAUUGCACACUAACUUUUGGUUAUUUUCUGUGGGAAAUUUUACAUUGUUAUGCACUAAAACAUUAUAUUGUUAUUAUGACUUCACUACACUGCAGUCCUAGAGACAUACUCAAGAAAUUCUUAUUAAACUCAAUCAACUAUUAUAAUUAUAAAAUAUGGUAAAUGAAAAAAAAUGCUUAAUAAUAUAAAGAAUAGCAAAAGAUGUUUGUAUAAAUGGAUCAGGACAAUAAAAAAAAAUCUUAUUAGGGGAAAAGAUCAAUGAAAUAAAAAUAAAACACUUACUCUUGCUGUUAAAGUGAUUAUGUGAAAAACCAAUAGAUAUAUCGACUGCUUCCAUUAUUUCAUUAUGCAGGGUAGAAGAUAACAACUUUGUUUAUAACUAUAUAUGUGUAAUGUCUGUUUAUAUUGCUUGUGAUUGCUGUUGAUACUUAUAUUCAAGUAAAGAAACAAUUCAAAACUUU